AUGUUGGAAACUCAGAUACGCACCCGUGCAAAUGCAGGCGUCGAGUAUGCCCAGCAGUCCGAGAAGCUGUCUCUCGAGCCUAUCGACGGGCAAGACUAUGGCGUCGCCGUCCAAGCAAAGUUCGUGACGCCACUAGAUCCAGUUAUCGAAACCGCCGAUGGCAACCGGUUGCCUUCAGUUCCUGUUCCCGAGGCACACAAAAUAAAUGCGUUGAAAAACAAGGCUGAAGGUAAACCGUACCGUAUUGGGCCGGAGCUGCGACCACGCGGGCUUAGCCGGUUCAAUAUACAUGAGGAUGCGGACAGAAAGGCAGAAGCGGAGGCGGAGGUGGAGGCCGAAAGGGCGGAAAGAAUAGAACAAGAACAAAUACAAGCAGACCACGAGAGCACAUACAGUCGACUAGACGAGUCGAUUCCCCGAUCGCAUACACACCCGCUCUUCCCUCCGCUGCCGCUAUACGGGCCACCCACGUUGCUGCGGGAGAUACAAUGUGCCGCGUUUCAGAUCACGUCAUUCUUUCUAUCAAAUGCUUUCCUGGCGGUCAUUGUCCUCGGGGCCCUUUUUACGUCAAUACCUACAUUGCUGAACCGGUUUUGGUUAUGGUUGACAUUUCGGGAUCCUGAUGCCAACCGACCGUUCUACGCUGAAGAAUUACACCGCGCCGAAAUUAGGGAAGCGCAAGAAAUUGCGUGGGAGAGAAGACAGAAUUUAGCAACCGAGUACCUGGUCGACGACAAAACAAGCUUGCUGGCUCAGUCAACAGAUGGCUACGAACCACUAGAGGGUGGGCCUGACAAGCUAGUGUGCGAUGUUCGCUACUAUGCACGAAGGGUGGGCUUAGAUAUGGAGGAGUUUAAAGUGCAGACCGAAGAUGGAUUCAUUCUGUCACUAUGGCACGUCUACGAUCCCAAAGAAUACACUCCGGCCAGAAAGUCGGAGCGGAAGCCAACCUCGCCGGACGUUUUCAGCGAUGACGAGGACGGCCUUCCAAGACAUGUGCAAUCGCAAUAUCAUGAUGGCAAUCGAAGGUAUCCCGUGCUGUUGGUCCAUGGCCUUCUGCAAAGCGCUGGGGCAUACUGUGCCAAUGAUGAUGACAGCCUCGCUUUCUUCCUGUGCAAAUCAGGAUACGACGUGUGGUUGGGCAACAACCGGUGCGGGUUCAAGCCGGAGCAUAGUUUGCUGCAUUACAAUGAUCCGCGGAUGUGGGCGUGGAAUAUCCGACAAAUGGGUGUUAUGGAUCUACCCGCAUUCAUGUCCCGGGUGCUUGAAGAGACUGGAUCGAAGAAGCUCGGUCUUGUCUGUCACAGUCAAGGGACCACCCAGACGUUCGUGGCCCUGGCAAAGGAGCAGCGACCGGAUCUCGGAGACAAGAUUAGUGUGUUUUGUGCUCUCGCACCAGCGGUCUAUGCAGGACCACUGAUUGGAAAAAUGUACUUCAAGUUUAUGAGGGUGAUUUCUCCGGCCAUGUUCAGGGUCUUUUUUGGGAUCCACAGCUUCAUCCCGUUCAUGAUGACCAUGCACCGGGUGUUGCCCGGCAAAAUCUACGGCGCCAUGGGCUACCUGGUGUUUUCGUUUCUGUUCAACUGGACCGACACUCGUUGGGACCGGGGAAUUCGGGAUCGAUUGUUUCAAUUUUCGCCUGUGUACGUCAGUGCGGAGAGUAUGCGAUGGUGGCUGGGCCGAGAGUGUUUCGCCAAACAUCGCUGCGUCCUGGCUACGCGGGAAGAAGGGCAGAUGGAGGAGAUGGAGGAGGAGGACUCCGAAGAGGUAGAAAGACAUGAGGAGUCUAUGGCCAACAGGUCCGACCGUGGCCGAACCGCCUGGUACGAUGAACACGUUCCUCCAAUCGCCUUGUGGGUGGCUGGUAGCGACGACCUUGUUGACGGUAAGAGACUUUUGAGGAGAUUCGAGCGCGGCCGCGAGCCGUUUGUCAAUGUCGUCCACAGCAAGGUGAUUGAGGAAUACGAGCAUCUCGACGUCAUCUGGGCGCUUGAUGCCGUCGAACAAGUCGGCAAGGAAGUCCGAGAUGUCUUGUGGAAAACUAUGCCGGAAGAAUCGAGACGAGUGUGUAGGAAGAUCAAGGGCGUGACGGACAGCGAGCCAGACGUUGAGGCACGGCCGAUGGAAGAUGGAGUCGCUGCUCAGCCGGAUGGAAAUGCUUUCAUGAACGGCUCAGCGGCUGCAAAAGGCGAUUGA